GGUGUGUCGCUGAGUGGGGAAAAUCUGUUUGAAACGUGAAGCGGUUGGUGGUGAACCGUGGGCGCCUAAAGCUACGUUUCUUACGAGCCGUGACCCAGUCGUUACCCAGCUGCCUGGGACCUGCCGGGGGACUGGUAGCAGCUAAGCUAGGAGGCUCCGCACCGGCUAAAGGCUCCUGGCUAGCUGGCCUGUUUUCUAAAGUGCGAAGCCGAGACUCUAAGUCUAACAACCUCGCAUCCAACCCUGCAACUAGCGUACACCUAUUACAGAUACCAUUACCAUCACUAAAGGUGGCAGAGGAUAAGCUAAACAUAAGACACACCGAGCACCGAACAGAGCGAGAGGGAGAGGAAAAGGGGGAAGCCAUAGCAGGAAAGUAAGCUAGGAGCUACGCUAGCGGAGAAAACACUUAGAUAACAGUGUAAAUUAGUAGGACGUUUAAUGAAAGGAAAGGAUACUUGAGUGUUACAAGCUUUGUUUGCAACGUUUAGCAGUCGCUAUCAGAUAUAAAACGAUAAUAUUUAGAAAACAGCGGAGAGUAACGCUGUACACACACAGCGGCAGCAAACCUCAGUAACCGGAAGUGACGCGAUACGCUUACCGUCAGUCAGGUUUCUCAAGGUAGAAAGGUAGCAGGCUUUAUUCAAUACAAUCACAGUCUAGUCAGGCAGGGUCAUACACGGGAAGGCUCAGCGACAGUACAAAUAAGGUGCAGACAGGCAGGUAAUUACGGCUGAGGCACAGACAAGGAGCAGGCAGGAAUCAGGAACAAGGAGGAUCAGGAUCAAUGUACGAGGCCCAGACCAAUGGCCCCAAUCGGUACACACAGUUUAUCACAGUAACUGUGACUGACAAGUCAAUGGAUCCCAAAGACCUGCUCAGGUCAGCAGGGCCUGGUAAAGCCAGAGACAUUCUGUUGAUGGUGGCAGUGGACUAGUUUUUGGAGGGUGAAGUGUUUUAACUCAAGGAUUAUGAUCCAAUUUAUGAUCAACCACAUGGGGGCACUCUGCUUCUGGAGACUAACUUUACAUGAAACUCUUGGUGUCAAAACCCUGGUUUAAAGUGGACAUUCCAGGAAACACAGAGGAACCCAGCAUGUCUACCGGACAUGGGAAACCUUCAGACACGAGCACCAGCACCCUCCAGGGCCCUGGGACCCACUUAGGUUGUCUAAUAUGUUAAGUAAUACUAUGUAAGUUUGUGAUACCUGAUCUUCUGUAAGAAACACAACUGUAAUAUUUAAUAGAUAACUUCCACCUGGUAUUAAGUAACAAUAAAAGAUUAAGAACCCAGCAGCUUCCUUGACAUAAUCCUGCAGGUUGGAAAAUUAAACCAAUUGAAUUUAUUGUGAAAUCAAUUUAAUAAGGAGGAAGAAACAUUGGGGAAACACUGUAUUUAGAUGUUCGGUUGCUUAUCAAGAAGAUAAAAAAAAAAGUUUAUUCUGAACAAGAAGUUCUUACAAGGUCUAUGGGCCGACUGUCAUGGUGCAGCAGGGUGAAGGACCUAAACGCACAGCACACACUAGCCUCAGUUUAUGGAGCUUUAAUGAAGGUGGGUGGUCAGACAGGAGCAGGUCGGUAACAGGAGGAUUUUCAAUGGUGGGAAUGAGGAAACUCAGCAGCGCAUCUGAAGACAGAAGAGUAUGUGACAGCAGUCUAAGAAUAAACACAUGAUUUUAGGAAUAAAAUAAAAUGAAAUAACAUCAAUAGAGUCUCUCCAAGUCACCAUUGAGUAACUCUACACACAUACACAAUUAUUUACUCUAUAUGCUUAUGCCUUCUGGCUAUAUGACUGAACAUACACUGAAACUCAUGCCAGAACAUAUCAUGUGCAACAUGGACUAAAACUGGUGACUUAACUCAUGAUUCCAUUUACAGGAAAACAGCCUCUCAAUGUUCCAAUGUGCUUCACAGGCUAUGUCACUCACAUGGCUUUUUUAUAAGACACACACACAUCCUGCCUUCUCUAAUCUCUCUUCUAUCUCUUCUCUACUGCUAAACAAUAAUACAUUGUUGUUGACACACUGAUGUAAAUAAAGACGUAGGGGAUCUGAAUUCUCUCCUCCUCUUGACGCACUCAGUAAUCUGUGAGGUCAGAGGUCAGACAGCAGAGGAUUAAUCUGGAACUGACUCAGGAUCAGUUACACAGCUUGUUAGUUCAUGCUUGAAUGUAAUAUUGAAACUUCUUUCAAGACAGUAUUACUUUGUCUUAGUAGAGAUGUUGGAUGUUGAGCUACUAAUAGUACCGUAGUACUGCAUUUCAGCUAUUCAGUCAAUUUUACCAGCUGUCAGUGUGAAGCAGAUCGUCUGAUGUGCCUGGGUCCAGGUCAGCAUAAGUCAGAUGGCUCUGUUUAACGCCAGGAACAGAACCCGGGAACACAUCCACACGGUCGAUGGAUCGGUAAAAAUAUUAUCAUUGUAGAAAACCGUGUUAUUAGAUUCUAUUUCACGAUGCAUCACUGUGUAUGAGUAUGAACUCACAUCACAUGGAAACACUGUAGCUCUGUAGUCUAAUAAACUUGUCUUUAUAUAUUGCCUCAUUGACUAUUUGACCUAUCAGAUGAGCUGUGUGACCCCUGACCCCUUCCAUCAGGCUGCUAGUCUGAGGCCAGUCCACCUGCUGCUGAACCAGGAUCAGGUUCUAUAUUUAUCUCAGAUUACCAGACUUCCUGCUCGUCUUUAGUCACUGCUCAAGCAGCACCAAUUCAGAGUUUAUUCUAACAUGUCAUUGAGCAGCAGCUCAUCAGUUGGGGGACCCUCCUGGAGGAAUCACAGCUUUAUCCUGGGGGGUAGAGACCCCCCUCUGUCCGACCAGGGAGAGACCAUCAUUGGAGUUUACCUGUUGUUGCUGGGUUGGUUGUCCUGGUUCGGAAACAGCGUUGUCCUCUUCAUUCUGUACAGACAGAGGGCCACUCUGCAGCCCACAGAUUAUCUGACCUUCAACCUGGCCAUUUCUGAUGCCAGCAUCUCAGUGUUUGGAUACUCCAGAGGAAUCAUUGAGAUCUUCAACAUCUUUCAGAACAGCGACUACAUUAUCUCCUCCGUCUGGACCUGUCAGGUGGACGGUUUCUUCACACUGGUGUUUGGUCUUAUCAGCAUCAACACUCUUACAGUCAUCAGCAUCACCCGCUACAUCAAAGGAUGUCACCCCAACAGAGCUCGCCACAUCAGCAGGACCAGUAUUUCCAUGUGUCUGUUGCUUAUCUGGAUCACGGCUGGAUUCUGGUCUGGCGUCCCACUGCUGGGCUGGGGAAGCUACACAGAUCGUGGGUAUGGAACCUGUGAAAUCGACUGGGCCAAAGCAAACUACUCGGGUCUCUACAGGUCCUACAUAAUUUCCAUUCUAAUCUCCUGUUUCCUCAUCCCGGUGCUCGUCAUGCUCUUCUGCUACAUGUCCAUCAUCAACACAGUGAAGCGAGGCAACGCACUGUCGGCAGAGGGAGACCUGAGCGACCGCCAGAGGAAGCUUGAGAGAGACGUCACCAUUGUUUCCAUUGUGAUCUGCACGGCCUUUAUCUUGGCCUGGUCUCCAUAUGCUGUAGUGUCCAUGUGGUCUGCCUGUGGAUUUCAUGUGCCAAACCUCACCAGCAUCUUCACCCGCCUGUUUGCCAAGUCUGCUAGUUUCUACAACCCCCUCAUCUAUUUUGGGCUCAGCUCUAAAUUCCGUAAGGAUGUGGCCAUCCUGCUUCCCUGUGCCCACGAUGCCAAAGACACUGUCAGGCUGAAGCGCUUUAAGCCAAAAGCUGAUGCUCAUGGCCGACCUGCUAUAGGAGGUGGAGCCAAACUCAAAAUCCCUUUGAUCCGGACUGAGAAGAAGUAUUCACCAGUAUCAGAGCUCAACCUGGCACCUAACCUGGACCAUGUGCCAGUGAGCCCCCCUACAACACCACCACCUGUCAACAAGGAGUUUUUUUAUAUCGACAUGCCUCGUUCUUCUGAAAUGGGCUCUGAGUUUGAAUGUGAGAGACUCUGAUGGACCCAUCAAUCCGAAGGACCAGUGGCUGUUCAGAGCCAACCCAGAAAUGUGCCAGAGUAACAGUAUCAAUACCAAGAGUAAAGAAGACUUUAGGUUGUAGUUUUGAAGGUUUUUGAAUUCACUUACGUAGAAUAAAGUUUGACCAAUGUUUAUUUGAUCAAUAACAAAGUAUGAAAACCAAUGUACAGUUGCUCUUACGUCAGACUGUAGUGGCUCCCUGCAGUAAUCAGUUAAAUGAUAACUAAUGCAGAGCAGAGGACAUGGGGUUAGCUGAUUGUCAGAGUAGAAGAUGUCCAGGAUAGAGUCAGGUGGAAGCAGUUGAAUUGCUGUGGCAACGCUUGUUGGAAAUAGCCCAAAGGAGAAGAAAAAUGCAAGUUAUUAGAGUAAUGAUACAUGGAAAAGUCCCAAAUCAGUAUAGUCAAAACAACUUCAGCUGUGAUUAGUAGGUGGGAGAAGCAAGUUCUGCACAUUGGUUCAACCCUGUGACGCCAUAAGCCAGAAUACAUUUAUAUGGAGUCAAAUUAGGGUAUGGUAAGAUUUGUGUCAAUUUAAUGCCCCACAUUAUCUGUGUACGCAUGGUAUAACCCCACUAAGUUCACAAGUAUGGUCACGGUCAACAAUCGGUUCACGCACGCACGUAUCGGUUUACACACGCACAAAUCUAAUCUGACUCUUAUUUGACUCCAUACAUUUACUUCACUCUGUUACAGCUGAAACGCGUUGCCUGUAGUGGUGAGGGAUUGAUGAAACAUCCCGAGGUUUUCUAAGAUAGACUGAUGCGGCCAACCAACCAGAAACAGUAGUUGUAGAUAGAAGGAAGAAGGCUGUGGUCACAAACACGGCAAUACUGAGCAAAGAGAAAGAAGGAACACAAGGUACAUCUGAAAUGGAGAACAGUGCAGAUGCAAGAACAGCUGAAAAACCAUGCAGCUCAAAGUGGAGAGUAGCAAGAAAGAAUCCUAUGCCUCCAAAGCAGAUGGCCACCAACAUCUUUCCUUUCUCCUGUUGCUGCUCAGUGGGAUUUGUUGAGUUUAGUGUAUAUAUUUGUAAUAUGUGGAGUGUAUUGGUGUAUAAACUAAUCUGGGUUAAAAUUAAAGAAUAAAAAAUGGAGAUUGAGACAGAGUAAAACAGAAAGUGUCA